AUGACUUUCUCGUACAGAGAAGGUAGAAUAGAGAUCCAACGGGUCACAAGGCUUGCAAUGGCUUCAAACUGGGCGAAAGAAGAUAAUCUAUUCUUAAAUGCCACCUCUAGAAGAGUGAAGAAGAGACUUCCACCAGGUCCAUUCCCUUUGCCUAUUAUUGGAAAUGUCCACUUGCUUACUGACCAACCCCACAAAUCACUUGCCCGCCUAGCAAAAAUUAUGUAUCUCAAAUUAGGCCAAAAAAACACCUUGGUCAUUUCUUCUUCAAUCUUAGCAAAACAAGUCCUACAAAAGCAAGAUCUUGCCUUUUGCAAUAGAUCCAUCCCUAACGCGGUCCGCGCCCUCAACCACUCCGAUUUUUCUUCAGUUUUUUUACCCUCCCGCUGGAGAACGUUACGCAAAAUCAUGAACUCUAACAUCUUCUCCCGCAACAAGCUUGAUUCUAAUCAUUUUCUUAGAUCAAGGAAAGUCCAAGAAUUGAUUGAUUAUUGUUACAAGUGUAGUCAAGAUUGUGAGUCAGUGGACAUUGAUAAAGAAACUUUUAAGUUAACCUUAUGUUGGAGUUCCAGCAUAAUAUGCUGGAAGUUCAUACACAGGUGCACCGAUCUCCAGUAUAUUAUGCUGGAACUUUCCAUGUUACAGCAAAAUAGUGGCUAUUUUUUAAUGAUUUUGCAAGCGCUGAUUAUUUUUGAAUGACCGGUCCGAAAACUGGCUAGCCCAUGCUAUUUUUACUAUUAUUAUGUCCCAACAUAUCUUUUCACUUUUAGCCUAAUAUUGUUAGGAUCUUAAUUUACACAAAUAGCUAGCUGAAUUCACUAUGUACUGUUUCUAUUUAGGGACCAAAUAUAUGAAAAUAAUUUUUGUGAAUAUCUAAAAGUUUAAAGUUAUUAGACAGAGUAGACUUUUUAUUAAUUAAUUAAUUAGAAUUAUAUUAUGUCUCAAUAGGUAUAAGGCGUCUCAUUACCAAUCACGCGACAAAAGUCUUGGACCUUUUCAAACGUUUGA